UAUCCUACGCAUGGCACACUCACGCAAGCCACCUCAUCCAUUCUUCUAGUGGGAACACAUGUGGAGAGAGAAACAUGAAGAUAUAUAUAGAGAGAGUGGUUGGCCAGUAAAAAGAGGGGGCACUGCAGCACACGCCUCUCAUCAUACGUAUUAUAAGAUGAUCACAUCUCACACACAAGCAUAUCACCCAUCCUAGAGAAUACAGAUGAGAUGACAAGGCGACGUUGCAUCACUUACUAACCUGCAGGUGAGGUGAUGCUUGGCUGAAUGGCUGGAUGCCAACCUCUGCAAGAAGGCAAGGAACCGCAGGGGCUGCAGCCGUAUGAUGCCAGCGAUCCUUCAGUGUUCAUAGGGCCAGUUCUGCUGCCCCGGCAGGCCAGAUCGGGUCCUCCGGCGCCGCCGAAGAUGUCGUCGUCGUCGGGGUCUGGUAGGAGCGUUACGGAGGCGAGGGCUCUGAAGAUCCACAGCGAGGCCGAGCGGCGCCGCCGGGAGAGGAUCAAUGCUCAUCUGACUACGCUUAGGAGGAUGGUCCCUGAUACUAGGCAGAUGGACAAGGCCACCUUGCUUGCCAGAGUGGUAGACCAAGUGAAGCUGCUGAAGAGGAAAGCAGGUGAGGCCACUCAAAGCAUGGCCCUCCCACCGGAGACCAACGAAGUCUCCAUCGAGCUCGACACCGGCGACAACGGCUUCGUCGUCGCCGGCACCGGCACCGGCACCGACAAGAUGAUCUACAUGAAGGCUUCCAUCAGCUGCGACGACCGGCCGGACCUCAUCGCCGGGCUCACCCAGGCGUUCCAUGGCCUGAGGCUGAGGACGGUGAGGGCGGACUUGACCUCGUUAGGAGGAAGGGCGCAGCAUGUGUUCGUGCUGUGCAGGGAGGAAGGCUGCUGGGGCAGCGCAGGUGCAAGCCUCCGGUCUCUGAAGGAGGCUGUCAGGCAGGCGGUAGCCAGGGUCGCUUCCCCAGAAAUGGCAUAUGGGAGUAGUCCCUUUCAGAGCAAGAGGCAGAGGAUUCUGGAGUCACGUUACUCGAUUAUGUCCAUAUAGAAGAUUUUUAUUUAAUUCCUGGGGAUUCAGGAACUGCAAAAGUCUGUAAGAAACGGCAUAAAAUUCUUCAGAUUAAGAGUGCUAAUUGUGUUUGCUGCGUACCAGAAA